GCAGCCGCCCCGCCCCGGCUUCUCCCGCUCCUGCGGGCGCACGAGCUGCUGGCGGAGUUUGCCCGGCCGGCUGGUGUGGUCCCUUCUCCUUCCUUUCCCUCGUCGUGUGGUUUUCCUUGUGGUUUCUGGCUCGGGGGGAGCGGUGGCUGCGGAGGGAAGCGCGCUGCUCCCCGCGGUGCGGAUGCGUGUGGACGAGACCUCGGGAAAAGAGCUCCCGACGUUUCCAAAAAUACCCCCAAACCCAAACAAACCACCCACUUGGAUAAUUAAACCGGUUUUUGCCAAUUUGCAGUGUUGUUAAGGGUGAUUUAAUUCCUACUGCCAGUCCAAUCCCCAGGCUUCCUGGCACAGAGGCAGCUUUUCCAAGGCUAUUCCAAACACUGGAAAUGAUAUUUGUUUACACAGCUCAGAGAGACAGCAUGAAGCAGCUCCCAUAGACAAUGUUGUCCAUGACCUGGAUGGUUCAGGCCUGAGGUUCUUCCACACCACAUAGAGUACAAGGUAACUGCUACUGGUAGAGAUCACCUUUAAAAGGGAACAUGGAUUUAAUAAAUUCAACUGAACUAAAUGGUACAUCAGAAGAACUCUUCGAAUGGGCGACAUCCAAGAUUCUCAUUUCCAUUACUCUGUCUGUGCUUGCACUAAUGACAACGGCCAUCAAUUCUCUCGUGAUGACUGCAAUAAUAGUGACAAGAAAGCUCCACCACCCUGCCAACUACCUAAUCUGCUCUCUUGCAGUGACUGAUUUCCUUGUGGCAGUCCUAGUGAUGCCCUUCAGCAUUGUCUACAUUGUAAAGGAGACCUGGAUCAUGGGGCAGGUGGUGUGUGACAUUUGGCUGAGUGUGGACAUUACGUGCUGCACAUGUUCCAUCUUGCAUCUCUCUGCCAUUGCUUUGGACCGGUAUAGAGCAAUCACGGAUGCUGUGGAAUAUGCACGGAAAAGGACACCUAAGCAUGCUGGCAUCAUGAUUGCAGUGGUAUGGAUCAUAUCCAUUUUUAUUUCCAUGCCACCAUUGUUUUGGCGGCACCAGACAACCAGCAGGGAUGACGAGUGCAUCAUCAAACAUGACCACAUUGUUUUCACCAUUUACUCAACAUUUGGCGCCUUCUAUAUCCCACUGGCCUUGAUUCUAAUCCUUUAUUACAAGAUAUACAAGGCAGCAAAGACAUUUCACAGAAGAAGUGUCAGCCGGAUUGUAAGAGAGGAAGUUAAUGGACAAGUCCUUUUGGAUGCAGGUGAAAGAAGUACCAAAUCGGGUUCAAUGCCUAGCACAGCAGAGAAGACAUCAGAUCCUCUUGUGGACUGCGAUAAAAUCAAUAACACUAUACGAAGCCCCAGGUCUGAAUCUAAGCAUGAUAAGUCCUGGAAAAAACAGAGAAUCUCUAGCACAAGAGAGCGAAAAGCAGCAACUACGCUGGGUCUGAUCUUGGGGGCAUUUGUGAUCUGCUGGCUCCCCUUUUUUGUAAAAGAAGUAGUUGUUAAUACCUGUGAAAGAUGUCACAUCUCAGAAGACAUGUCUAAUUUCCUAGCAUGGUUGGGAUAUAUAAACUCCCUCAUUAACCCUCUGAUAUACACAAUCUUUAAUGAAGAUUUCAAAAAAGCCUUCCAGAAGCUUGUGCAGUGUAGGCAAUAUCUUUAAGAGCUUUUGUUCCUAUAAGCAGAAUAUACUCAUUUUUUUUUUAACCUGUAUAAAUUUAUAUAACUGAGAUGGCAUUUGUUGUAUUUAAGGAAAAGCACCAAGACUCUGCAUUUACAUUAUGACUUUUUUGUAUCAGUAGUAAUGGGAGUAUAAAUUGCCCAAGUUUUAAAGAGUUGGAUCACCUGGGAUCAGUUUUACUCUGAUAAAAGAGGCAGCAUAUUGUGGCUGUGAUGCAGCUGGGAUUUGCACAGCUGCCUAGCUUGAAGCAUAAGGUAUUAUCUUAAAUAUGAAGGAACUAAACAAAGAAAGGGUUUUUUUAAAGUAACUCUCAGUCAUCAAUGAAAUUUUAAGUAAAACAGCACACAGGUUUUAAACCCUAAUCAUAGAUAAGAAGAUAGAAAAUACCCCUUGGAAUUAAGACAUGAUUCUAUUAGUUUGACGCAGGUCAGCAUCAUACAGCAAACCAUUCCCAGCACAGGGCGGCUUUAAACAUGUCUAGCAUCAUCCUAUGUUGAUUUGCUGAGUGCAGCUGCAGCCCCACCUUCUCCUGUAGAUGAAAAACUUCCCUGUAUAAUGCUGUCACAGUACCGCAGCAGUCGGCAAGGUGCUUUCAUGGGUUACAUCAGUUUCAUAGCAAGCGAAUGUUGUAAGCCUUCUGCCACUGUUCAUCUGCAACAGAUGUAGGCAUAUCCUCAAGGGAAACAGCCAGACAGCUAGGGCAUCUCUGGUGACCUAGGUACACAUAGUGCCUGGUGCUCUGAGAUUGCCUCAGUAGGAACUAGAGAGGGUAAGUUCAUCAAGAACAGUUGGUCCUCCUUGUGAAGAUGUUAGAAGCAAGAGACAUCUCUUUCUUCAUGUCUUCAUCCUUACUUCACACGUCUGGCCGGGCACAGACCCUAUGACUCUCAACACCAAACCUAGACACACAGUUUGUGCCUGGGGCCUCAGAGUAUUGCUGAUGGUCAGUGGCUUAGUGAGGUUUGGUUGAGGGCCACCUAAUGAAGAAUUCAGGCUGACAGCUCUGGCUUAGCACUUUCAGCUGUCCAAACUUAGAAGCCAAAUGUCCUCCAAGUCUUCUCUCAACUGCCUUAAGCACUAGGGCUGUGCACCCUCUUUCCAAGCAUGUGUGAAUGCAGAAAUCAACCACAGUGCUGGCAGCAUGGGUCUCGGGGAUAAAAGCCAUGUAGGAGCUUCUCCAGUAAGGGCAGGGGGGAUGACCUCAAUAUGCAGUGCACGCAUGGGCAGAAGAUCCUGUGGGAUGUUUGUUGUCUGAUACCUCUAAACUCCUCCUUCCCCCACAGCAUAUAAUCUAUGGUCUCAGUCCAUGGAGCUAAAAGGAACUUAUAGGCGUUCUAGUCAGCCCUGGCCUGCUGGUUCAGUCAAAGAUAACCACAAUGAACAAGUCCCUUUGUGGGCUGCCUUCUAAGGCUUCAAAGACAGCACCUUGGCAAAUCUUCAUUUACAUGUUCUAGAUGCCAAGCUACAGUGCUAGCGACUGCAAGAACAGCCCUUGCCUCAAAACCAGCAGUGCAAGUUUAUCAAGCUAAGAGUACUAACAGAGCAGUGGGGAUUUACCCCUGAGUGCAGAUGAAUACCCAAGAGCCACACCAGAACCGAGGGAUGGGGUUUGCACUAUUUGGGAUACACAGAUUCAGGCUGUGUCACUAAGACUCCGGCUUUGAAUUCACUGCCAGACAGUCAAUGCUGUGUAGCAGUAACAGGGACUUGAGGUUCCUUACAGAAACUACAAACCCCACUGUCAGGAGCAGUAGUCUCCUGCAAAGGUGUUCUGGUUUGGCAUGUGGACCAGCAACAUAGGGACACCACAGAGAGGCUGAGACAUAAGACCACUAUGCACACCUUUAGUUUGGGAAAGGUAUCACUGAUCUUUGCAGUUGUUCUUCCAAGAGACUCUCAGUGAUUUGUAUCAGACAAGAAAACCCAGAAAGAAGACAUCAGUGUCAUUUUUCUCUCUCUUUUCCCCUCCCCUGUAUGAAAAACUCUGGAGUUUAAUAUUUUUUUUUUUAUUUUGCCCACUAGCUGCCAGCUGACACAACAGCUGUUAGAGAUGUUUCUUGCAAGAUGACAAAGGUUUGAAACCUGAGAUAUUGAACUAAUUUGCAUCUGUCACUUGCAACUUACUGUAUUCUGCUUUCACGUCAAGGUCCAAAUGAGAUGCUAUUCAGAAGUACUAGAAACAGUACAUUUGCAUUACUGUUGAUUUUAACCCAGCCAGGAAUCUAAUGGAAAUCUCGCUUUUCAUGCUGUGUAGCUCUAGCACAGCAGCAGCACAGCUAAAUUUUGAAGAUAUUAGAUGCGACAGAAUGGAAUUUGGCUCAUGCUCAGUGCAUGCUAGUGCACUUUACUACCAUUGCAGUCAGAGCACAGCCUCUGCAGCCCCUGUGACCUCAGCAAUGACUGCAUUAUGCUGAAAGAAAAAACAUCUUUAAACAUCAUCUGUUCUCUACCAUCUUCAGAAAGAGCCAUGGAAUUCAGCUUUCUAAAAGGAUUAGCAUAUUAACAGAAGGCAGCAAAGGAAACCCCAACAAAACAUUUAAGUUGAAGACCUCUGUUUCCCACAUUUCCUGAGUACUGAGUCAUAGCAUUGGAUAUUUAGAAGCAGGACUUCCUCUCCUCCUGCUUCUCCCUUAAUGACUGCUAAAGGGUAGAGUAUAUUGUUUUUUGCCUUACAUAUAAAAAGUUUGACAAUAUCCUAUGAAAUCAAAUUGGAAGAAACCAUAUGGGUUGCUUUUGAGAGGAAAAGACACUUAAAAUGCUCAUGUUUAAAUAUUAUUGAAUAAAGCUCAAAGAAUUGAACGAUAUGUAGAUAAACAGAAAACAGCUGUCAUUUAUGCACUGUAUUAUACUCUGAAUCUAAUUAAGCUGCUAAACAUUUCUCAAGAUGCAGGGUUGUUUCUUUUGUAUUAUUUUCACUGAGCUGUAUCUGCUCAUCCUUCAACAUUCUAGCGGUGGAAGAUGCAACUACAAGAAAUUUAAGCAAAAAAAAGCAGGAAGUUAUCCUAUUAAAAGCACUUGCGGCUUGUGGAUCAUCAUUUCUUGGUGUCUGACUGCAUCUCAUCACUCAUUCUCUAACAGAAUCCACUGUGCCAAACACUCUAUCACACAUCCUUACAAAGUAUCGUUUCAUCUCUAGGAUUUAUCCAUGCGUGUGAUGUGUUAAGAAAAAAAUUUAUUUCCUCCUUUAAAAUGCAUAAAGGCUAAGAUUUCUGUGGGAUGCUGCUUUCCCUUCCCCACAGAGUACACAGGCAUCCACUGGAGCUUAACACUGGAUUCAAGGAACAAGAGGGAGCACCAUUUUAUGCAUUGGAGCUAAGAUUUUUUGCAAGUAGCUCUGUGCCCUGGGAUAGUUCAGUCUCAGCAAACAGAAAAAAUAAUGUCUCGUUUCCAAUCUCUAUUUAUCAGAAGACUGCGCAUAUGUAUUGCAGGGAAAGGGUUUACAUCCUUCCUAAUGUUUGCACAAAGCUUGCUGUUUGCUGCCGAGCAUCCACCCAUCAUUUUAGAUUUCUUCUAACACCCAGAGAACUGGAUUUGGAGCAGCUGACCUGCUCCCACUUUCCCACAGAGAAUGAUUCCUGAAACAGCUGUGAACACUAUAUCCAGUUCAGGUAGAUGGGUUUUGCUAACAGCAAGCAGUUAAAUAUACCUCAUUAUCCUGUACUCAUUUCUUUCCUUUCCUCCAUGCCAGAUGCUUUAUUGGUGUCCUUUCCUUUUGAAGAUCACAUAUCCCUACAAAGGGAUUGAGGGUGCAAAUAUACUUUUGUUCUAAUGAUGCAGUCACACUUGUUAACGCAUGACUGUACCACCCAGAAACACCCACCUCAUUCCAAAUGCGCUUUUGGCAGUCACUGUCUUCAGCUGGUGCCUAAUUGUUCUUGAUGCUAGGGAGAUACAUGGAAAUAAUUAUGUGCCAAAUUAUUUUCUCCAGUAGUUACAAACUCAGCACAUUAUUUCUAGGCAAGUACACAUUACUAUUUGGCCUUUGCAUUUCAGAUUCCCGUGCAGAAGGGAAACAGAAAAUCACCACUGUAACCAUUGGACUAUUUUGAACUCUGCACACUAAAGAGUAAAUGCUGAAGAAAAGCA